CUUCCGCCCCCACCCCACCGCCUCCAGGAUGAAGUUCCACACCAAGGAGGUGCUCAAUGACACGUGGACGCAGUUCCUGGCGCUGUGUCUGCUGCUCAUGCUGGCCGUCGACUCGCUCAACCCCAUCAAGGCCGUGAGCAAGUUCCUGGGCGUGCCGUCGUACUACUGGGGCCUGCUGGCCGUGGGCAUGAUGCUCGUGGUGCUGUUCCACAACCUGGCCGACGUCAUCUACCGCUCCACGCGCGUCUUCCUCAACAGCAUCCUCAGCAUCUCGUUCAAGAGCGUGGACCUCAUCGGCCUGGACAACGUCCCGACCGAGGGCCCCGUCAUCUUCACGGGCAACCACGCCAACCAGUUCGUGGACGGCCUCGUCGUCAUGAUGACGAGUCCGCGCAAGGUGGGCUUCAUGAUCGCCGAGAAGUCGUGGCACCUGCCGGUCGUGGGCCACCUGGCCCGCAUCAUGGGCUGCAUCCCCGUCGUGCGGCCGCAGGACUCGGUGGCCUCGGGCGUGGGCCACGUCAAGCUGGCCAGCGAGGAUGCCGUCACGCCCGCCAGCUCGGCCAGCGGCGGGGCCAGCAGCGGCAAGCCCCAGUGGCUCGUCAAGGGCGAGGGCACGAGCUUCACCAAGCAGCUGACACCGGGCGACCAGAUCCGCUACCAGGGCAAGAGCGUGCAGGACUCAGGAUCGCCCGUCAAGGUCGUGCAGGUGCUGGACGAAGCGCAGCUGCUGCUGAGUGAGCCGCUGAAGGACGGAGCGGGGAAGCUCGUGCUGGAGAACGCCCCAUUCGGCAUCUUGAAGCGUGUGGACCAAUCCGUGACGUUUGCCAAGGUGUACACGCACUUGAAGCGCGGCAACUGCAUCGGUAUCUUCCCCGAGGGAGGAUCGCACGACCGCACGGACCUGCUGCCGCUCAAGGCCGGUGUUGCCAUCAUGGCGCUCGGUGUCAAGGACAAGUACAACAUCAACGUGCCGGUGGUGCCCGUGGGGCUCAACUACUUCCGUGGCCACCGCUUCCGUGGACGCGUGACGGUGGAGUUCGGCACGCCGAUUACCGUGGACCAGGCGCUAAUGGAGAAGUACGAGGAGGACAAGCGCGUCGCUUGCAACACCUUCUUGCACCGCGUGGAGGAGAGCAUGCGCUCGGUGAUUGUGACUACACCAAGCUACGGCGUCAUGCAGGAGGUGCUCACUGCGCGUCGUCUGUUCCAGCGCUCGGGUGUGCGUCUGUCGGCGAAGGAAACGCAGGACCUCAACCGCCGCUUCGCCGAGGGCUACAAGGUGUUGCAGGAUGUCCCCCAGGCGCACGAAGACCUCGCUGCUCUGCAGCACAAGCUGGAUACGUACUACAAGACGCUGCAGAAGAUGGGUCUCAAGGACCACCAGGUUCCUUACAUCCCUUGGUGGACUAUUCACGACGUGCUCGGCUCGGCGCUUUACGGCACGCUGAUUCUGCUUCUGGCGUCGAUCCCGUCCUUCAUUCUGAACGCGCCCGUGGGCAUUUUGGCUCGCUACGUGGCCAACACGGCGCAGAAGAAGGCGCUCGAGGGCUCCAAGGUCAAGGUGAUGGCGCGCGACGUCGUUCUGAGCAAGAAGAUUCAGUUUUCGAUCGUGGCUGUGCCGCUGCUGUGGUUCAUGUACCUCGCUGCUGCUGUGGCCUUCACGGACUGGUACUGGUCGUCGAUUGCGCUGCUCAUGGUCUCGUUCCCGCUGUUCUCCUUCUUCGGCGUGCGCUCUGUUGAGGCUGGAAUGAUCGAGUUGAAGACCGUGCGCCCGCUGUUCUACCGUCUCCUGCCCACGUACAAGGCGACGCAGGAUGAGCUCCCGCGUCAGCGUGCUGAGCUGCAGAAGGAGGUUCGCGAGUUCGUCAGGAAGUACGCGCCGUUCCUGGGCAAGCUGGCCGAGCCGAAGAAGCUGGACUGGAGCGAGUACAUGCACGAGCGCUCGUUGGUGGCUGCUGAAAAGGCCGAGCUGCAGGCCGAGUCGGCCCCGCCGCCGCCUCCGGCGCACGAAGAGGAAAACGACGAAGAGCCCCGCGAGGGUGAGGCCGAGGAUCAGAUGGGCUCCCCCGUGCCCACGAUCACAAAGUUCCACGACAUCAGCAUCCUCGGCAAGUCCGAGAAGUCGGUAGCAGACUUGGCGGGCCUUGAACGCUCCAUGUCGUGCCCGCCCGGAUACCAGGAGCUGGCUGAGGAGGUGGCCAGGCAACGUCAGGGAUCCGCCUUCAGCUAG